ACACGUGUUUCUUUUUAUUAAACAUUCUUACAUUUUAAUGGUCUUUUUAUAAAUGAAAUAAAUUGCUGAAAUAUCCAAUUAAUAAAUUCUAUCGGACGUCACAUUUGGUGCCAACAAAAUUAUGAAUUGAUGCUGCAAUCCUUAUUUAGCACGUGCACACAGAUGUCUGUAUCAGGAUUAUGAUAUAAGUGGUGGACCUGUGAGCAGCAAUGGAGAUGUCACAACAGGGCGGAGCGGAGGCUGAGAGCCUCUUGCGCCCGGACCACAAGAAUGCUGUCCUUAUGCCGCAUGGGCACCGAGGGUGGGACUUGGAGGGCGAGAAGGCGCCAUUCCUCCGCAAUGAGCCCGUGAAGUUGACCCCGGCGUGGGAGGGCACCAACCUGCCGAAUGACACGCUCAACUUGAAAGGUAUUGCCAUGGACUUGGCGCCUCCAAAAGAUAGAUGGAAUUUAAUAUAUUUGACGCUGAUAAUACACGGUCUUGGUACGCUAACAGCCUGGAACAUGUUUAUUACUGCCAAGGAUUACUUUGUUGAUUAUAAGCUGGUCGACGCUAAGAAUUAUGCGGAGCAUUAUUUGGCAUACGUGGGUUGGGCGAGUCAAAUACCCAACGUUGUGUUCAAUUGGAUGAAUAUUUUUGUUCAGUUUGGAGGGAAUCUAACAACACGGAUCGUUUGGUCACUGUGCAUUGAAGUGGCAAUAUUCGUGGUCACAAUUAUCCUGGCUAUGCUCGACAGUAAAGAGUGGCCUGAGGUAUUCUUCUGGCUUACCAUGUUAUCUGUUCUCCUGCUUAAUGCUUUCAACGCAAUCUUCCAAAACUCUGUAUACGGCGUUGCUGCCCGUCUGCCGCCUAAAUACACCGGUGCUGUGGUGUUGGGCUCCAAUAUAUGCGGGACGCUGGUGGUCUUCCUCAGUUGGAGUUCCGGUUUAUUCGAGAGCAAGCGUACUGCUGCCAUAUACUACUUUAUAGCGGGCAUGUUCGUGUUGCUCAUCUGCUUCGACACGUACUUCGCGUUGCCUCUUAAUAGGUUCUAUCGCUACCACGACACGCUCCAGCAGCGUACCAUGCGCGUAAACCCGGCGUUGGCUGCCACCAACAGCGAUAUGCGGCCAGACUCCACGCCCAAACAGCCCUAUGGCGCCAUUGUACGGCAAGCCUGGGUGCAGAUAUACAACAUCUUCAUUGUUUUCUUCGUCACGCUCGCCAUCUUUCCCUCAGUGCACUCUGACAUCAAGCCUCUCACAACUAACUUCCUGGGUGAAAAGUUUACUAUGAUUACUUGUUUCUUGACAUUCAACUUCAUGGCGAUGGUUGGGAAUAUUACCGCUAGCUUAUGGCAGUUUCCUACACGCCGCUGGCUGGCGUUGUUCACGACCCUGCGAAUAUUGUUCAUACCAUUCUUCCUGGUGUGUAACUAUAAGGCCGACGCCCGGACCAUACCUGUGCUGGUAACCAACGACUGGGUCUAUUGGGUCGGAUCUGCCCUCAUGGGCUGGAGCUCUGGUCAUGGCAGCUCCCUCGGCAUGAUGUAUGUUAGCGGUAAUGUGGCGCCCGAACACGCAGCCACGGCCGGCAUGUUAGGUGCAGCGACGCUCGUUACUGGCAUACUUUGCGGUCUGCUUUUUACUCGGUUGUGCCCCAUAAUUGUGUCCAUGCCUUGGGACGCCAUAUAGCGGAAGGUUGACCACGCCGGUGCCUUCUGGAACUUUCUCACGAGGCGACCCUGACAGUGAAGUGCUGUGCAGUGACAGUGUGACAUAUAGGUGUUUACUAGGUGCAAUGUAUAUUUAUAACAUUUUAAAUGACGCGUAGAUAUAUUUUAUUGUUUACGAAGAAAUUAUA